ACAGGGUUGGAAAAGGGUAGCAGCAGGGAGCGCACCGGGUGGAGAGGGUUGCAGGCCUGAGCUGCAGCUUACAGCUAGGACUUUUAAAGAUCCGUACUGCUGUGUCUGGCUCUACAGAAGUCUUGAGAAUUUGAACUCACAACCUUGUACUUGUGUGACCACGAUUUCUCUCACUGAACCAUCUCCAAGCCUCUCAGUUACAGGAAUAUGGAAGUGACAACCAGAUUGACAUGGCUAGAGGAAAAGAUUCUGAAAUAUCUGCUUGGGAAUGCAUCGUUGACUCUUCUUUAUAAGUCUAGUGUGCACAAGCCUUGUGUUAUCGAGAUGACUAAGAAAUGUUCUCACCAGGGAUCCACAAUGACAGUAGUUCACCUGGAGAAAGAUGUUGUGGGCGUUUUUAUGCUGGAGCAUUUUCUCAGUGAAAAGCCAAGUGCUUGUGUUUGGUUUUCAUUUGAAAAGAAUAAGAGCUCUGGAAUAUCAGCUUUAUUUUUGAACACACUAGAAACCACAAUAAAAUCUCCAGAGCUAAGAUUUUCUUCACCAUAUGGUUUAUCACUCACCAUAGACCCAAGCAAACGCAAACUUCAUCUAAACAAGGUAGUAAUAAAAGUGCUAGGACUUAAUCUUGACAAGAUCUCUCAAUAUUUGGAAUGCGAAAUUUUUCGAGUUGAUGGCAUUAAGAAUGAUCCAGGCUUCAUAAAGAAGAUGGUGACUGCCAAACAGCACCGAGGAAAGUUGCUCUCUGCUCUCAGAGACUACCGGCCCUAUAAAGACUUGGUUUCAGAAGUUCGUAUCCUCUUGGUGGGCCCAGUAGGUUCUGGAAAAUCCAGCUUUUUCAAUUCAGUGAAGUCUGCUUUCCAAGGCCACCUAACCCGCCAGGCCACCGUGGGGUCUGAUGAAAGCGGAAUCACCAAGCAGUACAGAAUGUAUUCUCUUAAAUGUGGGGAGAGUGGUGAAAGGCUCAGAUUUAUGUUGUGUGACUCUAUGGGGCUCGAUGAGAGGGAAGAGGAGGGACUGAACAUAGACGACAUACCGAACAUCUUAAAUGGCUGUGUACCAGACGGGUAUCAGUUCAACCCAAGUGAGCCAAUUCAGCCAAAGCACUUCGCUUAUGUCACCUCUCCACCACUGAAGGACAGGAUUCACUGUGUGGCUUUUGUCUUAGACAUCAACUCUGUUAACACAUUGUCUGAUAAAAUGGUGGCAAAGCUCAAAAAAAUUCACAAAGAUGUAGUAGAUUGUGGUGUUGGACACGUAGCCUUACUCACAAAUGUGUAUAACUAUGAUGAAGUUCUCGAUGACGAUUUUUUAAACAUGACAGAAAGUAUGACUUCUAAAAGCCAGGUAAAGACUGUCCAAACCAUGCUAAAUAUUCCUAUAGCUAAUAUCUUGAUGGUUAGAAAUUAUGCGUCAGAGCGAAGGUUGGAGCCUAUGAAGGAUGUUCUGAUCUUUUCGGUACUCAGGCAUAUGUUGCGGGCUGCGGAUGAUGCCUUGGAAGACUGGCCUCCUGAGGACACUGCAUCAGCUGAUGGCUCCAUGAAUGACGAGUCACAUAUCAAGAAUGAAGUUGAACCCUGAGACGUGAAAAGAAGAGAGCUGUCCCAGAACAAAUGAGCUUCCAUAUAACUCUACCAUCUACAGUUUAAUAUCUUGAUGUCUUUUUCACAUUCUUUAGGCAAAACAAACUUGCCUUAUUUUUACUUCUCUAGCACAUUAUACAGCUGUGCUCUAACUGAUUGCACAGCAGUUACAAAAUGAUGUAGAUACCUGCUUUUCUAAAGAGAAUGUGAAUUCUUGGGGAAACAGGAUUUGGGUUUGCCUUGAAGUCACAGAGCUCACCGCAAGGUCUGGUAGGCAUUAAGAAUACUCAUGAUGAGUCUUCUGUAACACUUUCUCUAACUUGAUAACAUGCCCUCACAUAACUACUCCACAUGAAUGCGAAGACUUUUAGAGUGAGGUGCUGAAAAGGGAACAAGGAAAUAAGAAUGGACGGCAUUCACUUAACAUGAAUGUCUCUAAACAAAUCUAACUAAAGAAACCCCAAUAUUUACAACUACAUUAGCUACAUUAAUGUUUUAAUUUCAUGAAAUAAAGUUUCUUCUUAUAAUGUUGCCAUGCUUGAUUUUAAUUAGCUGAAUUCCAUAGCAUCAUAGCUGUGUAUCUAAAGUGGAACUAUUGAGAUAUGAAAUCUUACUCAUCACCAAAGAAAGCUGUCAUGCAAGUCUUCCAAAUGAUUUGAAGUCCCCAAAGCAGCUCUCAAAGUCAGAACUAUUGUUAAAGAAAAAUAAAUCUUAUAAUGUUCUUUUCA